AUGAGAAAAUUCGAACCAGUUUUCCUUCUUCUCCACCGCUACACUCGCAAACCCUUAUCUUCGGCCGCUCCUCUCUCUCACCAACCCUCUCUCCCCUCUCAAAUCUUCGCCAUUCUCUCUCGCCCCCAAUGGCGAAAAGACCCUUCUCUUAACGCCCUAAUCCCCUCCCUAACCCCUUCUCUUCUCUCUUCUCUCUUCAACCUCAACCCUGACCCUCUCACAGCCCUAAACUUCUUCCGGUGGAUCCGCCACAAACACGCCUUCACCCACACCGUCCGCACAUACGAGUCCCUCCUCCUUAUCCUCGUUCGCCACGGAGCCCUCCGUGCCGCCGAGAAUGUCCGCAACUCCUUGAUCAAAUGCUGCGCCUCCUCACAAAACGCCAGGUUUGUGCUCAAUCUCCUCCGCCGAAUGAACUCCGCCCCUGAGGAUCACCAACUCUCUUUUAAGCUCUCUGUCACUUCCUAUAAUAGACUCUUCAUGUGCUUGUCUCGCUUUUCAAUGGUUGAUGAAAUGAUAAGUUUGUAUAAGGAGAUGUUGGAUGAUAAUGGUAAUGGUAGUGGUAAUGGGAAUGAUGAUGUUUUCCCUAACUUGAUCACGUUGAAUACGAUGUUGAAUUCUUAUUGCAAAUCCGGGAACAUGGCUGUGGCAAGACUGUUCUUGACUAGGUUAUUAAGAUGUGGGUUUUGUCCUGAUUCGUUUACGUAUGCUUCAUUGAUAUUGGGUUAUUGUAGAAACAAUGCUGUAGAGAGAGCUUAUAGAGUGUUUCAGGUUAUGCCGAAGGGGAGGAAUGCGGUUUCAUAUACUAAUCUUAUGCAUGGGCUUUGCGAAGCUGGGCGGCUUGAUGAGGCUCUUAACUUGUGGUCGCAGAUGAGGGAGGAUGGUUGUUUUCCCACGGUUCGGACUUAUACCGUUCUCAUUGGUGCGUUGUGUGAGUCGAGGAAGGAGGUGGAGGCUUUGAGUCUUUUAGGGGAGAUGGUGGAAAGAGGUUGCGAGCCUAAUGUUUAUACUUACACUGUUUUAAUUGAUUACUUUUGCGAGGAGAGUAGGAUGGAGGAGGCAGUGGAAAUGUUAAACAAAAUGGUGGAGAAAGGCAUGGCUCCUAGUGUUGUCCCAUACAAUGCGUUGAUUGGUGGUUAUUGUAAACGGGGGAUGAUGGAGGAUGCCAUGGGGGUUUUGGGUCUGAUGGAGUCGAAGAAAGUUUGUCCAAAUGAGCGGACGUAUAAUGAGUUGAUUUGUGGUUUUUGUAGGGGUAAAAGUAUGGAUAGGGCAAUGGCUCUGGUAAAUGAAAUGGUUGAGAAUAAUUUGUCACCAAAUGUUAUUACAUAUAAUACGUUAAUCCAUGGGCUGUGUAAAACAGGCAUUGUAGAUAGUGCAUCUCGCUUGUUCCAUUUGAUGAUUAAAGAUGGCUUCAGUCCAGAUGAAUGGACUUUUAGCGCUUUUAUAGGCUGCCUCUGUAGAAUGGGCAGGGUUAGAGAAGCUCAUCAGAUCAAGGAAAAAAAUGUGAAAGCAAAUGGACAUAUAUAUACAGCCUUGAUUGAAGGUUACUGCAAAGGUGGGAAAAUUGAAUAUGCCCUAUUAUUGUUUAAAAGGAUGCUUUCAGAGGAAUGUAUGCCCAACUCAAUCACAUUCAAUGUAUUGAUAGAUGGCUUACGCAAAGAGGGUAAAAUACAAGAUGCAAUAUUGUUGGUGGAAGACAUGGUAAAGUUUGAUGUGAAGCCCACUCUUCAUACUUACACUAUUCUUGUUGAGGAAGUGUUGAAGGAAUUUGACUUUGACCGAGCUAAUGAGCUUCUCAACGAAAUCAUUUCAUCUGGAUAUCAGCCUAAUGUGGUCACAUAUACUGCUUUUAUCAAGGCAUAUUGUAUCCAGGGAAGAUUAGAUGAGGCUGAAGAGAUGGUGGUCAAGAUUAAUGGUGAAGGCGUGUUGCUUGACUCCUUUAUCUAUAAUUUAUUAAUUAAUGCAUAUGGAUAUAUGGGACUACUUGAUAGCGCAUUUGGUGUUCUCAAACGCAUGUUUGAUACUGGCUCUGAGCCUUCUUAUCAAACAUACUCUAUUCUAAUGAAGCAUCUAAUGAUUGAAAAAAAUAAGAAGGACAGCAAUCCUGUGGGGCUUGAUUUAAGUAAUAUAUCUGUCGACAAUGCAGAUAUAUGGAAUAAAAUGGAUGUUGAAAUCACUACUGUGCUCUUUGAGAAAAUGGCAGAAUGUGGCUGUGUGCCCAAUCUUAACACUUACAGCAAGCUUAUUAAAGGACUUUGCAAAGUAGGACGUUUGGACAUAGCCUUCAAUUUGUAUCAUCAAAUGAGGAAAAGUGGAACCUCUCCCUCUGAAUGUAUUCACAAUUCUCUUCUAAGUAGUUGUUGCAAGUUGGGAAUGUUCAUGGAAGCAGUGGCAUUGUUAGAUUCUAUGGUGAAGUGCAGUCAUUUAGCGCAUCUGGAAUCCUAUAAGCUUCUUAUUUGUGGGCUGUUUGAACAAAUGAACAAAGAGAAGGCUCAAGCAGUUUUUCAUAGUUUACUACGUUGUGGGUAUAAUUAUGAUGAAGUGGCAUGGAAAAUUCUAAUUGAUGGCUUAGCUAGGAGUGGAUAUGUUGAUCAAUGCACAGAAUUGCUGAGCCUCAUGAAGAAGAAUGGCUGCCAUUUGCAUUCUGAGACAUACUCUAUGUUAAUGCAAGAACUAAAUAGAGUUUAA